GACACAAAAAAACACUUAGAAGUUCAAUACCAGGAUAACAUGGUUGAUCACAGUGAAACACAAGAAUUUUUGAAUAUAAGAGAUAAAGAUGAGGACAGAAAGACCACAAAGACAGUGGACAUGUCAGUGCAGGAGCCAUGUGAUUAUUUGGAACUAAAACAGAGAUCAGAUGUAUCUCAAACACAAUCUGGGCCAUCACAGGAUGAUACUGGCUCACAUUUAUUUGAGGUCCCAGAAAGAACUGCAGAUUUUGUUAGAGACAGAUUUGCCUGUAGGAGUCAUUCUGCUCUGAUCUCGUCUGAUGCCCUGCUUAUGGAGGAAACCCAAAUUUAUGUCUCAACUGAGAAUGCUCCGCCAACAGAGAUGGCUGAAAUGCAUCUAUUCUCCAAUAGGUCUAUGCAGAAGAGAAAAAUGGGGUCAACUCGGAAGAGAGCGAAGAGAAUGGUGAAUGAUGAGGAGGUUGAAGAAGAGAAAGAGGGAGAAGCUGAAAAUACAACAAAUGAUGAUGGGGCCACAAAGUCAGAGGAGAAUUUAACUAUUGAAGAAGCCAUUGCAGGAUCUCCUGAACCCCAGCAACUGUUUAUUUCAUCUGCUGAUAGAGAAGGCCAUGAGAUCCAGGAUAUUGUUAGUAAAUCAGAUGUGCAGACAGAUAUCUCAGAACAAAAUUAUCCAAAUUCUUCCAUAAAUCCAGACCUAUUGAUAGAAUCUGAAUGUUCUUCAAAUGUUGCAGCUGAGAUGAUUUCAGACUUUCAAUUGGGAUAUGCUGACACAUGCUUAGGUCCUAAACAAAUUGUCAUUGUCAAACAAAGUGUCAUUCCUAAAGAGUCUCAUAGAGAAGAUCAAUCAAGCUUGAAUCCAGUCAUUCAAAAACGAAAAAUGGGGUCAACGCGUAAGAUGCUCAGAGGGAACAAAGGGCAGGAAAAAGAAGAAUCCAAAAAGAUGGAUAGAGAUAGCAAAGAAAUGACACAGGAGCAGGAUACCGAACCACAUUUAGCAACCAGUGCAAGAAAAACUGAAUGUAAAUUUGAUGAAAAGGUAGAACAAAACUUCCCUGUUGACUUUUCUCAUCCAGUUUCUUCUUCAAAAAUGUUCCCUGAAUCAGAAAAUGGAGGGAAGGAAGUUUCUCCAAAUAUCCAUGACCUAUCGGAGGUGAGCGAGGAAAAGGGGAUGGAAAGUACUGGAAACGACAGUAAUAGUGAAAAUGAGGCAAUCAAUCUCUAUGACAGGACAAAGGACAAAUUUGUCUUGAAGGUUAUCAAAGAUGUUGAUCAAACCGUGUCUGUAGAUGUUUAUGUAGGAUCAGAGCCUGAACAAACUGAAAACACAGGCCAUGUUUUUCCCACACAAGAACUAAAAAGCACUCAGGAUGAUUUUGUUCAUGAAAUCAGUUCCACCCAAGAAAAGAGGCGAAAGAUGGGCUCAACCCGGAGAAAUCCUAGAGUAAUACAUGGGGAAAAUGCAGAUAAUGCAGAUGCACUUGGUGUGGCAGAGAAUAGAGAAACUAAGAAAGCAGAAGAUGAUUUGGAUGAUAUGCCUUUAGCAUCAAGCAUCAAUCAGUCCAAGGAAGUGUCUUCAGUCAGUACCACAGAUCUUGAAUCAGAAAUGUUAGGUAGUGCAACUGAUUUAAAAGAAGAAAAUGACCAUCAGAACAAUUCUGAACCUAGUGGACCAACAGUGCCUGAGACACCUGAAAACACCCUUAAGUUAGUAAAUGCUUAUGUUACCAAACAUUCACAGUCAGAGACUGUUACUACUGAGAAGAGAAGAAAGAUGGGCUCGACUCGGAAGAAUCUCAGAGAAGGAAGAAUACAAGGAAAAAGAGAUGGUUAUGAGGAAAUAGAAAAUACAAAUACAAAUCUGCAGAUGUCUCUGGACUCUGAAAUGAGCUUAGGAGACCAAACAUCUUAUGAUUACUCUAAUCAGUCAGAGGAUUCACUUCUCAGUGAGAUAGAGAGAGCAUUAAAUGAGACGUCUCAAAGUUCAAUGAGUAAUGAUCGGGAAUCAAUCAUCAAAGAGCCAAACAACAUAGCGAAUGCUCCUGAUCUCAAUAUGCCAGAAAACUCAGAAAUCAAAUCUCUCCAGCCGACACCAUUGGUUCCCAGUGAACCCAACUCACCAGGAGGACGAAGAAGAAAAAUGGGGUCAACUCGCAAGAAUUCCAGACAGCAGCUCAAAGCAGAAAGGGAGGAUGAAGACAAAGAGGAUGGGGAGAAAGAUAUUUCGAAUUUAAGAAUGAAUAAGCAAGAAAUCAAGGAUCUUGAAAGAGUUGAGGUGUCUAUAGUGUCUAAUAUCACUGAAAACAAACUAAAUAAAGAGUAUAUUGAUGUCUCUAGUGCACACACAAGUAGCAGUCAGCUAGAAGAGAGCGCUAACCCUGUUAGCCAAGAAAGGACGUCUCCAUCAACUAAAAGGAAGUUUGGGUCCAGACGUGCUAAUAAGAGCAAACAAGGCCUUAGUAGUCUGGCCACUUCUGAUUUUGGGAAUGAAUUAGAAGAUGGAGAUCAUAAACCGGACAACUCUGAAGUUGAGGACAAGCUGUGCAGUGAUGUCUCAGAGGUUUGUGAUCCAUGCCUCACCUUACAACCAGAGAAUCAACCGAUUACCCAUCCAGUCUCUGAGCAGAGGAACAUGGAAGCCAAAAACGAAGAGCCUGCUCCAAAAGCCACUGGUGCUGGUCCCGUUUCUUUGGGCCAAAUCAUAAAACCUGAUAGAAGCACUGGAGCUAAGCAGACUGUAAAUUUAAAGAACAGUAUUUCAGAUGCUGAAGAAGUUCAGUUUAACGUUGUCAUGGUGGGAAACUGCAGUGUGGGGAAGACUUCCUUCAUCAGACGCUUCCAUGAAGGACAGUUCACUGAGGAUUACCGCUCCACUAUUGGUGUUGACACCUGUAUACAGACUAUUGCUCUGCCUGACAGAACUGUUAAACUGCAGAUAUGGGACACAGCAGGUCAAGAGAGGUUUCACAGCAUCACCACUCAAGUGUUCCACAGAGCUGAUGGGCUUCUGCUCAUGUAUGCAAUCACAUGUUCAAACAGUUUUAUUUCUGUACGAGAUUGGAUCUCUCGAGCUCAGGAAAGGGCUCCUGAUGAUGUCAUCAUGAUGUUGCUUGGAAACAAGAAUGAUUCUGUAGAGCGUGCAGUCCAGAUUCAAGAAGGAGCAGAUCUGGCCAGAGAAUACAACAUAAAUUUCAUGGAGUGCAGUGCUGCAACUGGGGCGAAUGUGUCAGAAUCCAUGACAACUCUAGCAGAGUUGUUAAUGGAGCGCAAGUUACAGAAGGAGAGACACAUAACAUUGAGAAGAGAACCAUCACAGAAGAAAUCCGGUUGCUGUUGAAAACACACUCCCACACACACAACACGCAUGACCUUUCAAAAAUUUGGGUUGGUUAGAUACUUUUUGUAGAAAUUAAUACUGUUAUUCAGCAAUUAUUCAUUAAAUUGAUCAAAAGUGACAGUAAAGAAUAUAUAAAUUCAGGGAGAAAUAUAAAAUAAAAAUUAUAUAAAAAUAAAUGGUGAUAUUUUUUUAUUGAUCUAUUUAUUUAAUAAUUCAUAAAUUAUCAGCUUUCCUGUCAGAGGAAUAAAUAAAACCUAUAAAAAGUAAUAAUAUUUCACAAUAUUACUGUUUUUACUAAUCAAUUAAAUGCAGUAUUACUGAGUAUAGCAUACUUUACAUUAAAAAAAAAUUGUGGGUAAUGUGUAAAAAAUUUGUAACAAGAAAAGGCAAAAAAAAAGUAAGCUGCUUAUAUUUUGUUGCUUAGGGAGAAUGUCAUUUCUGUAUUUUAUAAAUAUGUACAAAGUACAAUAAUGAUUUCACACAUAAUAAUAAUAUAAUCAUACAUUUAUGUAAUGUCUGUUAAUUGCUUUAAUUCCUACUGCAAGUGCUGAGUGUAAGUAAAAAUGAAUACAAGCAAAUAAAAAAAGCUAUACUCUUA